AUGAGCGAUAAUCCAACAGUGUCGAUGAUUAAUAAAAUGAAAGUGCCAGAGCUUCAAGCUGAACUAACGAAAAGGCACCUUGAUACGAAAGGUACAAAACAAGUCUUGGUCAAUCGACUUCUGUCGAGUUUGGAAAUUGUAGAGCCUGAAGCGGCGAACGACAGCAACGAUGAUGAACAACAAAAUAAAGCCGAAGGAAAUAUGGAAUUGGCCCAAGACAAAGGACAAGACGACUGUAAGGACGAUGAACAAGACCAUAGCAAAGACGAAAACCAAUCUUCGCUGCAUGAACUAUACCCAAAUUAUAAACACCCUUAUUCCUUCGAGACUGCCAUUGAAGACAUUAGACUGCAACUAAAUACUUUACAAUGCAAAUUCGAAGACUACAAAACUGAAAUGUCUAAUGAUGCAUCAGGAACAGGUAGUCUUCGCGAUGAAAACAAGCGUUUGAGAUGUGACUGA